AUGAAAUCUUUAACACCAAUCAGAAUAAAAUUAAAGAGAAGCAAAUGGUUUGUUCUCGAUAUUCAAUUUAGGUCAAGAAUAUCGUUUACCUUAUUAGACCCACCCUGGUGACAUCGAAUUACGUGUCGCUGAUUUCCUUUUAUGGUUAGGCACCUGAAAGCAAUAACAGCAGAAAAGAAGAAACGAAGACAGAUUCACGAAUAGCACUGAAUCGUAACGACUGUACAACCUUUAUAUUCAGUUUUAAAUCGUUUCUGAAUGUAGUUUUAUUGGUAUAUCUUUGUUGUAAAGAACAUAUAAUUGCGGUACAAACUUUAAGAUUUCUUAAUUUUCUAUAUUGUUACUUUCGUUUAAAAAGUGCUACGUAAUAUUUCUCACAUAUUCUCUUCACUUUUACGCGUAUUUGUUGCAAUUCUCAUUACCCUUUUUUUUCACUGCUUAAAAGGUGGAAUUUUAAUAUUUGAUAUAAUUGCUAUACAUAUACGCACACGUGUGUACAUACUCACGCGUGCGCACACACACACACACACACACAUACACACACUCAAGUGUAUAUAUACAAUACAAAAUGUAUGAAUAUAGUUAUCAAGAAUUAACUAACAGAAUGAUGUCAUCAAUUGAGGAAUUUCAAGAGGCAUUUCAACUGUUUGACAGUCGAGGAGACGGAAAGAUUCAUGUAGCUCAAAUUGGUGAUGCAUUGCGUGCUUUAGGGCAAAAUCCAACUGAAUCAGAUGUCAAGAAAUUUACCCAUCAACAUAAACCUGAUGAGCGUAUUAGUUUUGAAGUGUUUUUACCAAUUUACCAAGCUAUAAGUAAAUCCCGCACAUCUGAUACUGCUGAUGAUUUUAUAGAAGGAUUACGUCAUUUUGACAAAGAUGGGAAUGGUUUUAUCUCUUCUGCUGAAUUAAGACAUCUUUUGACCACACUAGGUGAGAAACUUAGCGACGAAGAAGUAGAAACCUUAUUGGCUGGUCAUGAAGAUUCACAGGGUAACAUUAAUUAUGAAGAUUUUGUUCGUCAAGUGAUGUGUGGUUAAAUUUUUAUUUCAUUAGAUACAAGUAAAUAUUGAUCAUAAAAAUUUGUAUCCAUCAUAAAAUUUUUUGUAAGCAUUUAAUUUUUCUGAUUUACUUGUACUGCAUUUUCUUUUUACAUGAUAUUACAUAAGA